GCUGGCCGCUCCCGGCAGUCAGCACGCGGGCCCGCUCCACACACCACGCGGGAGAAGAUGUUAGUGCGGCUACGUCCACCUCUCGACAUAUAAUACUUAUCAUGCACCACAAAAUACUUUACGCAGCCCUUGUGGCACUCCUAGUUUUAAAUACCAUUGAAGGAAGGAAAUACAGGAGAAACAAACGGCCAAAAGAGGAGGAAGACACGACUCUCCAACCCAGUGUCGUGUCCUAUUCUACUUUUGGGUUUAACGAUGUCGGCUCCUAUGACGGCUUCGUUCCCAGUUCACCUGACUAUGCCAACUACCUGAAUACAGUGAAUCAAGAAUCGGCGACCAGGCUAUACGCCCCUGCGUUCCCAACAGCAUCGGAUGAUACGGGAUUCGAUCAUAAUUUUGGCUCUCCAUCAAACGGGUACUCCCUCAGUGAUCCUGAUAGCGGACAACAACCAAGUAUGAUGGCUCAAACUGGGAACUUUUUCAAUAUGCCCCAAUUUGACAAUAAUGACAAUCAACAUAAUAAACUACGGUCUCUAACAAUAAGUGGGCAAUAUGUCGAUGAUGAUGAUGCACCGGUAUAUGGCACGAAACUUGGUUCGAAAAGUAAGAAGCAAACCAAUUCAACCGAAGAAAUAAGUAACUUUGACAUAGGAAAUCCCAGUGCAGUGUCAAUGAAUUUUAAUUUUCAAACGGAUUCACCAUUUAUACAGAAUAUGAAACAGACUGCUGGUGAGUCUCAUAAUAACUUCAAUAAUGUUCACACUCCACCAUCUUAUUCAACAGAAGAAAACGAAAACUUUGCAGAGUCGGCAAAUAAUAAUGGUAUGUUAAAAUUUCCAAAAGUUGUAGAUUUUACCAAGAUGAAUUAUCCCACUGAAAUUGAAAAUAAAUUCCUUUAUACAUCAUAUAACCCCACAAAAAAUCUUCAAAAUGAAAAACGACAAAAGAAUAUUUACGAUGAUCAGAGCAAUAAAUACAUGCAACAAACUACACUAUUUAAAGAAAUGUCGAACUCAGACACUCAGGAUUUAAAAGAGAACAGUGAAAAACAAACUUUAAAAAAAACUUCUUAUGCAGGUCCAGAAGCUAAUUAUGUUAAUACACCACCACCCAAAAAUAUUUUUAAAGGCACGCCUUUUAAGGCAGAUUUAAAAGAUUACAAAAAUAAGUACUUAUUAAGUAAUUACUCUGAAUUGAAACAUUGGGAAAAUCCUUUUAAAGGUUAUAAAUAUGCAACUAACUAUAGCAGCACUAGUUUUAAAUUCGAUUCGGAUGAACCAAAAAAGCAAACAAGUAAUCAUUUUGAAGAAUUAAUUCCAGCCAGUAGUAAUAAUGUAGAUUUAAAUAAUUACCAAAUCCCAGAUACUGAUUUCUAUACAAAUUUCAAAAAAAUGCCAGAAAUGAAACCAGUUUAUGAAAAUGAAUAUGAUGUUUCUUCGCUCAAAGAAAAACGUAAACCUGAAGAGUUUGGAAGUCAGAUCAAAAACGCAUUUAGUGAUGAACCGAUAGCGACCUCGCAAUGGGGUAAUAUUUAUAAGUCUACUGAAUAUUCUUCUCAUAAAAAUCACCCUAGAAAGCCAAUUUACACAGAAGAUCCUAGUAAUGAUGUUGUACAUAUACCAAAAAGACCUAAAACUUCUAAAUAUCACUAUGGGAAAAGUUCGGAAACUAGUUCCAGUGGUUCUAGUGAUUGGGCGUCGUAUUCUAAGAGACCAAGCUAUACAAAAAACCGUCCAAACAAAGAUUGGUACAGAGAUAAUUACAACACAAAAUUCAAAACAGAAGAGGACUUGCUUGACCUCAGAAAUCAUGACACAUCAAACCCUUCAUAUUUGCCUACAUAUAAUAGGCCUAACGAUAAUGAAAUCUCAAGUGAAAACGAUUAUAAAAAACUUGUAGAAAAAUGGAGACAAUCGUACUGGAAAGCGAAAUUCAGAGAAGCAUAUCCAGAUUUCGUGGGCUAUUCUUCAGAAUCCAAGCCACUUCAUGUACCAAUUCCAAAACCAUACCCGAUAGAAGUUCCUCACCCGGUAAUAGUACCGGUGCCCCAUCCUUACCCGGUAAAGGUGCCGGUUCCCAAACCGGUGGCUGUGCCGGUUAUCCGGGAACUCACCGUAGCCGUUGAGAAACCGGUGCCUUAUCCGGUUAUCAAAAAGGUACCUUACCCUGUAGAGAAGCCUGUCCCGGUGCCUGUCGAAAAAGAGGUAGCAGUACCGGUAGAGAAGCCCUACCCUGUCCACAUACCCCACGUUAGGCCCGUGUUCCACCACUCCAAGCCCCCUCGCGACGAAUUCGAGAUGGCACCCGAAGACGAAGACGACUACUUCCCGAGACCAGAGGCCGCUAAGAAACCCGCUUUAUUCAAGACGAAGCCUAAGAGCACACGUAACCGGCAACACAGACCGACCAGAAUGACGUACCAAGACCGCAAUGUAAGGCGCCCUAGGAGACCAACGGACUCCCAUGAAGACGUAAGGAGGCCAAGGAGACCUUAUUCCUCACAAAUUGGCUUUCAUUACCUGCCAUACAGAUACAGAGACGUCGAAAUGGAGUAUGAAAGCGAGCCCAGCAGCGAUUAUAUUGUGUAUUGCAAGCGAACUGGCAAUUGCUAGUAAGAAUAGGUUAUCUACUGACAUGCAUUGAGCUUGUGUGCCGUUGAUUUAUGAUCUCUAAAUCAAGGAUCUUUUUCAAAUCCUUAACGAUGAAAAUAAUGAAACAAUUGUAAAAAUAAAUAAAUUUUAUCCACUCAAAGAUAAGGCUAUGGGAAACGAUUCUCUAAAUCUAAAUUAUAACUAUUUCUCAUGACUCUAGCAUUAUUAUAUUUGUCGUUUACACUGAAUAGAUUAUAGUAAUAUAGAUAACUUAUACAUAUUGAAAUGCGAAAGUGAGUAGAAAGAUCAGUAGCUGGUCUAAAGAACUGAAUAAAUUUGCAUUUAUUUUACAUUCUGAAAUGUCAUUUACAAUCCACCUUUUUGUUAUCUUUUAAUUAUUCUAGUUUUAGUAUCAUUAAAAUAAUGACAUUUUUUACUUGUGUAUAGUAGUUGUAAGAAAGUUAAUUAAUUAAACAUUAAGAAUAUUGAAA